AUGACUCGCAGCGCUGCGAGAGCUACGAGGUCAACAGCAACACAUAUUGUAUCUCCUCCUGGCUCAAGGACCCCUCCAAGCAUGCCGUCUAAAACUACUCUUCAUUUUCCCGAACCGACUGAAGGAUAUCACGCAAGCCGAAUUGCCUCGGGGUCAAUUGAUCCCAAUGCGCUGACCAAAGCACUGAGGGACUACGAGGACGCUGGACGAUCCCGUGAAAGGACACCGGGGACCAGCCCAAGUCGCAAACGUCAGAGGGUUUACGGUGACAGGUUCAUUCCUAACCGCGAAGGUCAAGAUCUGCAAGCGACCUACAGUCUGCUUCACGAAGAUGGCUGUCCUUCAACGCCGUCCAAAUCAAAAAAGCGAACUCCACACUCAGAGCUCCAUUUCCAGAAGACGGAAGAAGCGAAUAGAAUGUACUCGCGGGUUUUGCGCAGCGAAUUAUUCGGAAACACGGUUCCUCAAGCUGAUUUAGACUCCCUAUCUCCUAACCCGAUACGCGCAUCCGGCAUCGUCGACAAGACUCGCUCUCAUACACCCCCGUCACAUGUUAUCUCCGCCCUACCACCGGCCAGUAUCACUCCUUCAACGCCUCAUAAGAACCUAUUCAAUUACGCUUCACACACUAAAUCAACGCAUCCCACGCCAUCCAAAACACCGCAUGGACCAAACCUCAAUGUUCGCUCAGAACUCUACAGCCUAUCUCCCAUCCGGUACGACAGCCAACGAAUACUUGAGACGCCGCGCAAACAGCCUCGCUAUGUGAACAAGGUACCGUACAAGGUUCUUGAUGCGCCUGAUUUGCAGGACGAUUUCUACCUGAAUUUGGUCGACUGGGGCAGCAGCAAUAUUCUGGGCGUUGGCCUGGGAAACUCGGUUUACAUGUGGAAUUCACAAUCUGGCAGGGUGACGAAACUGUGUGAGCUCAAGGAUGACACAGUUACCAGUGGCACGCAUCUUUCUAUUGGUACGGGGAAAGGUAUGGUGCAAAUCUGGGAUGCAGAUCGCUGUCGCCGUCUGCGGACCAUGAUUGGGCAUACCAAUCGUGUAGGGGCCCUGGCUUGGAACGAUCAUAUUCUCACAUCCGGCUCUCGGGACCGCCAUAUCUACCAUCGCGACGUUCGGUCUCCAGAUCAAUAUAUUCGCCGCCUUGCCGGUCAUAAGCAGGAGGUCUGCGGACUCAGGUGGAACACAGAAGACGGCCAACUGGCAUCGGGUGGCAACGACAACAAGCUUCUAGUUUGGGAUAAACUGAACGAAACCCCUUUAUAUCGCUUCUCUGAUCAUACUGCGGCUGUGAAGGCUAUCACAUGGUCUCCGCACCAGCACCACUUAUUGGCCUCCGGAGGAGGUACGGCUGAUCGAACGAUCAAGUUCUGGAAUACGGCAACAGGCUCUCUGAUCAAGGAAGUUGACACCGGGAGCCAGUCAGAACCAGAUUGUCAUCUGGAAGUAUCCCCGCAUGGAGCAAAUUGUUUCGCUUACGGGACAUACUUUCCGAGUGCUUUAUCUGGCCAUGAGCCCGGACGGCCAAACAGUGGUGACCGGUGCCGGCGAUGA